GAGGCAGCACUGCGCUAAAAGCCAUAGGACGCAGCAGGAAGGAUAGAAGACAAAGAAGAAGGCAGGAGAAAGUCAGCCUGCACGCACAACACGUGUAGUCACAAAUAGGCUUGAGUAAAACAAACAAAGGGAUAAAAAUCACGGAGACCUCUUAUGAAUACUAUGAAGUACAUCCUGGUCACUGGUGGUGUCAUUUCGGGCAUUGGUAAGGGCAUCAUUGCCAGCAGUGUAGGGACCCUCCUCAAGUCGUGCGGCCUUCAUGUCACGGCCAUUAAAAUCGACCCAUAUAUUAACAUCGACGCUGGCACCUUUUCACCGUACGAGCACGGUGAGGUGUUCGUCCUCGAUGAUGGCGGAGAGGUGGAUCUGGAUUUGGGCAACUACGAGCGUUUCCUGGACAUCCGUCUGACGAGAGACAACAACCUGACCACUGGCAAGAUCUACCAGUCGGUCAUCAACAAGGAGAGAAGAGGAGACUACUUGGGAAAGACUGUGCAAGUGGUCCCACACAUCACAGACGCCAUCCAGGAGUGGGUAAUGAGCCAAGCCAAGAUCUCUGUUGACGAUGACGGCGUGGAGCCUCAAGUUUGUGUCAUAGAGUUAGGGGGCACGGUGGGGGACAUCGAGAGCAUGCCAUUCAUCGAGGCCUUCAGACAAUUUCAGUUCAAAGUGAAAAAGGAGAACUUCUGCAAUAUCCACGUCAGCCUUGUUCCACAGCCCAACACAACAGGAGAGCAGAAGACUAAGCCGACCCAAAACAGCGUGCGGGAGCUGCGGGGUCUCGGACUGUCUCCAGAUUUGGUCAUGUGCCGCUGUACAACACCCUUAGAAACUGCAGUAAAGGAGAAGAUCUCAAUGUUUUGUCACGUGGAGCCCACACAGGUGAUCUGUGUCCAUGAUGUGCCUUCAGUUUACAGAGUUCCUCUGCUGCUGGAGGAACAAGGCAUCGUCGGCUACUUCUGCCAGAGAUUAAACCUUGCUUUUGAGAUGAGGCCCAGGAAGAUGCUCUCCAAGUGGAAGGAGAUGGCUGACAGAUCCGACCGUCUCCUGGAGCACGUUUCCAUAGCCCUGGUGGGCAAGUACACAAAGCUGUCGUCUGUAGUCCUUAAGGAGACAUCCUGCGUGCUACCUGCAACGAAUGCUCAGCAGAAACUCAGCGAGGAGGAAAGAGAACGUUUGACUUCGACACAUUCACCAGAACACCAGCGUUGCCAUCAAGGUGCUCAAAAGCCCAUUAACAGACUUGCACCGCUAAAGACGAGGCCCAGUGCCAGCCGCGAAGAAAGGUCCGGGGUCGUUCCCACUGCCGCUGCGUCCUAA